UUUCUCCUAAAUGCACAAGGUCCAGGAGCUGAUCGUCUGCCUCAGGCCACCAUGUCUCGCACCCGCCAGCCCCCGCUGGUCACGGGCAUCUCGCCCAAGGAGGGUGCGGCUUGGACCAAAGUCACCAUCCGUGGAGAGAACCUGGGCACGGGCCCACCCGACCUCAUCGGUCUGUCGAUCUGCGGCCAUAACUGCCUGCUGACAGCAGAGUGGAUGUCUGCCAGCAAGAUAGUGUGCCGCGUGGGGCCUGCCAAAGACGACAAGGGGGAGAUCAUCGUCACCACCAAGUCCGGGGGUCUCGGCACCUCCACUGUCUCUUUUAAACUGCUCAGGCCAGAGAGGAUUGGUAUCCUGGACCAGUCUGCUGUGUGGGUGGAAGAGAUGAACUACUACGACAUGAGGACCGACCGCAACAAAGGCAUCUCCCCCCUCUCCCUGAGACCCAGCAAUCCACUGGGCAUCGACAUAGACAAAGGCAAGAUCCCACAGAAAGACAUCGAGGUGACCUUUCCAGGAAUGAGUGGAGACUUCACCAGUGAGAACUUCUCUGCCACCUGGUACCUCAUAGAGAACCACACAGGCUCCAGUUUUGAGCAGCUGAAGCUCGCGGCCAACAAUCUGAAAAAGCAGGCGACCAAGAAGAACGAGGGGAGUCUGGCGUAUGUGAAAGGAGGCCUCAGUACGUUCUUUGAGGCCCAAGACGCUCUGGCAGCGAUCCACCAGAGGCUGGAGUCUGAUGGCACAGAGAGAGUGGAGGGAUCCAUGACCCAACGACUAGAAAACAUCCUGAACAGAGCGAGCGAUACUGCAGAUACUCUUUUCCAGGAGGUCUUGGGGCGGAAAGACAAAGCUGACUCCACACGCAAUGCUCUCAACGUCCUGCAGCGUUUCAAGUUUCUCUUCAACCUGCCACUCAACAUUGAACGCAAUAUUCAAAAGGGUGAUUACGACGUGGUGAUCAACGACUAUGAGAAAGCCAAAUCUCUGUUUGGCCCUACUGAAGUCCCUGUUUUCAAAAAAGUGUACGCUGAGGUGGAGACGAAGAUCGGAGCUCUGAGGAGCCUCUUGCUGGAGAACCUGCUGCAGACCCCGUCCACGCUGCACGACCAGAAGAGAUACAUCAGGUACCUGUCGGACCUUCACGCUCCAGGCGACCCAGCGUGGCAGUGCAUCUACGCUCAGCACAAGUGGAUCCUGCAGCUGAUGCAAAACUGCAGGAAUGAGUUCAUCAGUGGCAAGAGAGGUGAGCAACACACACUCAAAUGA